UCUCCUCUGCGGGCUGCCUUGCAUCUCAUUUACAUAAUGAGCUUCGGGUCCACACCCGCACGCGCCCCCACCGCUUCGCAGACCCUUGUGGGUCCUCUCCUGUACACACGCUCCUGAAGCCUUACAGUUCUGUCAUUGUCCCUGCCAGGCCCGUCUUGCUCCGCAAGUUUUUUCACCCAUGAACACCCCCACCAGCACUGGCUUUAAAAAAAAAAAACCGUCCCCGCAUCCCGGAUCCCGACCACCCGGUUCUCCAGGAGACAAUACUCCAAUUCUCUGGGAAGUGGGAGAAACCAAGCUGGACCUGGGGGUGCGUUGGGACCCCACUGGGGCUUCGAAGACGUCAAGUUGUCGAUUAAUCUCAGCAUUCGGACGCCUUCCUUCUUACUCUUGAUGGGCAUCCCAAAUCUCUCAUUGCUGUGGUUAGCGGGGGGCCUGGGCCCGGAUUAGAAAAGUAGGUAGCCUGGGUUCCCCCACACACAGGGGUAAAGAUUGAGGGGGUCCGCCCCGUGAUGUCAUCCCCCACCCCACACACACACCCUGUCUCCUUCCUCCGUACACACCCCUACCCCCAAGCUAGUUGCUUUUAGCUCACAGGAUUUGGGUUCGGACUUGCAGGAGUUCAGGGAGCACAGUGGGCCUGAGGGGGAGGGUGCCUGCGGGCUACGGCCACCCCUGCGCCUAGGACCUGUGGGCUGGGAUGAAGCCGGAGGUCUAAGCGAUUGCACCCCUUUGCUCUCCUCAGCCCCGGAGGGUGGCUUACCAACCCCAACAGAUAGUUAUGGGUGGAUGAGGGAGGCUGACUCCAGCCCUCCACUGGGUGACCAUCUUCCCUUCUACCAUGGAGAAAACCGUGUUGCCCCUGGCUACAACAUCUGACCCAAGACCCAUGCAUCAACAGCUCCCCGAACCUCCGGACCUGAGAUGUGUCCUGAGACCCCAGGACAGCGUUGAAUUGGCCCCGGCCCUUGUGUGUGCCCUUUGCUGCUGCUUUGGAGUCAUCUACUGCUGCUUUGGCUACCGCUGCUUCAAGGCAGUGAUGUUUCUCUCCGGUCUGCUGUCAGGCGCCCUGGUGAUCUUCCUACUGUGCCACAAGGAACGGGUGCUGGAAACACAGUUGAGCCUGGAGGUGAGCGCAGGCAUCGCACUGGGUAUCGGACUGCUCUGCGGCCUGGUCACCAUGCUGGUUCGCAGUGUUGGGCUCUUUCUGACUGGCCUCCUGCUAGGUCUGACCCUGGGCGCUGGAACCUUAUUAGGCACCGAACCCAUCUACCAGCCGCAUUCAGCCUGGGUGCCGAUCGGUGGACUGAUGGGGCUGGCACUGCUGGGAGCCCUGCUCACACUCCGGUGGCCACGCCCGUUCACAGUUCUGGGCACAGCUCUGCUUGGUGCUGCGGUGCUGGUGGCCUGUGCUGACUACUUCUUGGAAGGGCUGGCCCUGGGCACUCGGCUGGGCGAACGCCUGCAGGCACUCCCAGAGUUGCUUCCUCUUUGCUGGUAUAGCUGGGUCUUACUGGGCACCUGGCCCAUCUUGGGGGCUCUUGGGACACUGGCCCAGUGGAAACUCAUGACUGAGGAACGUGGAGGCCACACCAAUGUGGUCUUGAGUCACCAGCGAAGGCAUCUCCAGCUCCUCCGGAUCCAUCAGCAAGAGGCUAAGUGGCAUCGGAACCCUUCUGGAGUGGGACUGUGUGGAAGCAGCUAUCGGAGUCAGCUUCCUCCCAAUAUCCAGAGCCCCGGUGACAGUCUGGCCCCCAGUUAUCUCCAGAGUCUCCAUGAGUGCCAGCUGGAACCAAGCACCCGGCCACAGGCCCCCACGGUCCUGGACCUGGAUCCUGACUGUAGCCCCACCCUCCUCCGCAUCACACCUUCCCACCCCGCCCAGGCCUGAGCCUCAACUCCAGUGAUACCUGGACCCUAGGGAGGGCAGGAGGCUGCUAAGUGAGAGAUCGCUAAGCGGAUAGGGGGCCUGAGCCCACACACACAAACACAUUUCCCUACCUCUUGGACUCAGGGAUAGGCUUUGUGCCCAGACCAAUCCUUUUAGAGACAGGCAGAGAGUAUCCUUAUAAAGAUGGGGGAGAGUGGAAAUACAAGCACCUACCUUAGUACAGGUGCCCUGGUCCCUAGAGACACUGACUCCAAACCAAGGAGGUUUGCCCAAAACAGCUUUUUAAAAAAAUUCCUGUAAUGCUGAGAUGGAACCCCCAAGUGUUGCUCAUAGUAGGCAAGCAUUCUACCACUGAAUUACAACCCACCCCCAAAUACCCAUGUAAAUGUCUCAGUGUUGUGCCUUACCGUGGUAAAACAUGGGCCUUUAUUGUAGGACCUAUAGAAAACUGGGUAGUUUGGGGGUAGGGAAAAUGGCACAGAAGAACUCCAAGACCCCCAAGCCUCCAGGCUCCUUAUGGGUAACUGGGCUUCUGGACAGCCUUUCUCCAUGAACCCCAUAGUCUUGAGUCCCCUCUACCUCAGUGGGGAACACAGUCCUCCAUGGUGCUUUCCCCUCUCUCUUCAAUGAGGGAAGACUAAGAAUGUGCCUCAGCUCCCCUCUCUCCAAAAGCUGGCUCCGUGCUCCAAGAAGAGAGCAUUGGCUCCCAUGGCUGAUUCUUGCCUUUUUGCCCAGAGGAGCCUGGACUUGAGGGCUUCGUGGUAGUCAAGUGCCUUCUGCCUCUCAAUGUAGGUAAUAUCAGUUUCCUCCUGAACCAUAGUUUGGGCCCAGCCAGUAACCCGUUCUAACUCUCCCUCCUCUAACUCUCCUGAGCAAGGGCUGACUCCUGGUUUCCCAGACAGUAUGAAGGAAGACAUAAUCCCUCCCCUGAGCAGCAAGUCUGUGAUGAGAGGGAGAAAGCACGAGGGAACAUGGGAAUAAAGUGGCACUGAAAAUUCAA